AAGCAAUGAAUACUCAAGUAUACAAAGCAACAAAAGCUACACUAUACGAAUUGGUAUAUGGACAAGAAGCUUGUUCAGAUUUACCAAUAAUCUCAAUGCUUCAUCAGCAAAAUAUUAUACAUGAAGAAAACAUUCAAUUAGAAAAUCAACCACUUAAUUCUGAUCAUCAAAUACCUAAUUCUAUUUAUAAUGAUACUCAAUUAUCUAAUCUUACUCAUGAUAAUAUUCAAUCAUCUAAUUUUACUCACAGUGACACUCAAUCAUCUAAUACUAUUUAUAAUAAUACCCAAUUGUCUAAUUCUAUUUACAAUGAUACUCAUAAUAAUACUCAAUUGCUUAAUUCUAUUUAUAAUAAUACUUAG